AUGGCGGUUACCAUCCUCCCCCCGAGCUCGAUCACCGAGUCCGUCAAGCAAGCCAUCCGGUCUACGUCAACAUGCUCCGAUGCCACCGUGUUGUCCCUCCAAACACUCCUCCGCGGAUCCUCAAAAGCGCCCGAGAAGCCUGCCAGGCGGAAUACGAAGUCAACCAAGGCAGAAGCUACCACUACGAGCCGAGCGAAUAUCUCUAGAACAGCUAAGACACGAGCAGCAAACGACGCUGCGCUGCACCUCGUCGACCAGGAUAGUCCCCUUUUGUCGCCUCAGGAAAAGCUCGUGCUUGCUACGGAAGUCUUCAAUGCCACUUUAAAGACCCUGACGGAUGCGUCGAAGGUAUCAGCUACGAAGCGACAGACAUCUAGCGCCGACGAUGUCUCAACCAAGUCUGGGCGGACAAAUGGGGCCGGUGUUGACAAGGGUGUCUAUUCGGCGGCUGAAUGCGCGAGACUAGCUCUGGCGACACUACGAGCACUCAAAAGCGAUCAAACGUCGACCGAACUCCCGAAUAUGCAGCUUGAGCAGGGCGCCUGUGUGUUGGCAGGGAAAUUGAUCUCAUUGGGAUUGAACGAAAUGGCGUCUAAAGAACUCCGGUCUUUGAAGAGGAGGGUACAGCAGCAUCUAGAUGCAAAAAAGGCUGGAAGAAAGCCUGCGCUGACAAAGGACAUUGUGGAUGAAGACUCAGGCAAGGAACGGAUGUCCGACCUCCUCACGUUUUCGAACAUCGCCAAUGCGCAAUCACUGUACGGCUUGCUGGUUCCCUACCACUCGAACGCGAUGCGGCUUCUUGCCGCUGAAAAGAAAGCAUCGACUACGGAAAGGCUUCUCCCAUUUCUGCAACCGGCUGAUCCGAGCAGUCCUGCCCAUGUUAUCGGCGCCGCUGUAAAAGCCGGUAUACUGGCCGGCGAUAAAGCCGCCCUCCAGCUGCAGCUCCUUUCUAACACGGUGCUAUCUCUGUGCCCCAGCAAGUCUUCCUCGGCAGACGGGUCAAUAAACAAAGACACACUGAAACCAAUCACAGCCUUGAACCUGCAGCUACUGUCUCUCGAAAUUCGCUGCAUGGGGUGGAAGACGUCCGGCCAUGUCUGCGAUGAAAGUAAAGAAAUGUUUGACCCGCUGCUGCGUUAUCUCGGCAGCUUCUCUCAUCGGAGUCAAGGCAUUGAGAAGGCUGAAUUUGCGGGGAUAUACAAAGCAAUUACCCGGGUGCAAUCUUCUAUGGCAGAAAUCAAGAAGAAGCCCCAGGACUCCAAGGAUAUGAACUCGGCUGCCAAGAUAAUGACCAUUCUUGGGCAGCUUGCUUUGGAUGCUGGGUGCUUUGAUGAGUCGUUGAAGCUGUUUGACAAAGCCAUUGCGCCACUUUCGAACUCGCAGAGUCUUGCUUUGGUCACAGUCCGGUGCAAGAUUGGGUCGGUCUACUUCCAAGGACUGAAAGGCUCGACUAAGUUUCUUGAUGGAGCUUUGAAGGCCACUGCAGAGGCAAGUGCUGCUUUGGGAUUGCAGCUUCGAGGCAGUGCGAAUGAUCUGGACGAGCUGCUGGUUGAGUCUGCAAGGCUGAAGAAGCUUGCCCUUGCUUGGUUUGGUGAGGCGAUCACCAAAGCAUAUGAUAGCGACAACCAGAAGAACGAGAUGGCUUCUCAAAUCCGAGAAUACCUCCAAGCCUUCUUGAGGUUCCUGCGGCGUUAUGUCGGGCGGCCCCCAUCAGAGGAGAGUGAUGACAAGGAAGUGGAGAUGUUCAAGACUCGCAUCGCCAUGUCUCAAAGCAUCAUUCUUGCCGGAGUUGAUUCGGCUGUGGCGGUUGGCAGACUCUCUAUUAUGUCUCAGAGGCCACCCUGGGAGGAUAUGCUCCCCAUUCUGACUGAUUGUCACCGCCUGCUCACGAGCAUCGAAGCUACAGACGGAUCUCGCUCAGACGCAUCUCUGGCUGAUAGCAUUGGUGCCGCACUUGUGAAGCUCUCCAAUCUCUUCUGGUCUAGGUAUAUCAAGGAAAAAGAGGCCGGGCAGGGCUACCGCGAGCUUCUGCCGCUUCUGAAGCAGUCAACCCAAAUACUUUCCGGUUGCUCAUCCGGCCAUCGGACUACAGCUUUUGCCGCCCUCAAGUUCGAGAGAACCGCCCAUUUAUAUUUGGAUGGCAACAUGUACAACGACUCCGAAAAGGCCUUUCGGCAUUCUAUUUCGGAGUAUAUCGAUGCCGGUACUCUCGAGCAAAUCGCCAUGAGCAGCGCAGGGGCUAGCCCCCACAUGGUCAAUCAGGAUCCAAAAAGCCCUGGCUUUAUGCUCGGUCGCGUCCUUUCUGCGUUUUUGAAACUCAAGUUGCGGAAGAAGGGGUCCAAGUCUUUCUCCGUCUAUGAUGAUGAGGAACUAGCGCCUGAGCGAAGAGGCAUACUCCUUGAGUGGCAGGUGGGUGUUCUCUGUGAUCUACAUGGCUACAGCUCGAACGAGGAUGAUUUUCAAUCGACGCUCAGCCCUGUUGUAUCCCUUACUCUCGACAUCUACUCCCCCGAACGCCACCCCAUCCGCCACGGCCGAGUCAUCCUUCUGGCUCUUCGGUUUUUGCUCGAGCAACCAAAUGCCCUGCAUUCUGAUCUGACUAACAGGCUCAUGGAAGAGGGGGUGGAAGCUCUGAAAUGUGACAAAGGGGUCGGUCAAGACACAGACUUAGCUCCCUUCGCAACACACAUUAUCAACUCUCUGCGCGUGAUUAUUGGCUUCCACCAAGGUAAAAUAGACGCAGGGGAACUGGAUGACACACUUUCCUCUUGGUCCUCCAUGGUUCACCAGUGCUCUGACUCAAAGUCGCUGCUUAUUUGCGUCAAUGAUGUCGAUUACUGGGUUCUUCAGCUCAAGGCUUUGGUCGACUACACUGAGAUCCACGGCCUUUGGAAAGCUCAGCUCUCCACCCUUGAGCUGAUUCUGCGGGCAGCGGAACUCCAGCAAUCCGGUGAUCUUUCGGAUGCAAUUGUCAUUCUUGCCCGUCUGGUUUUGCAACACUGCCAACUCGGACAUUGUCAGAAGGCCGGAGACUUGCUCUCGCGUGGUGAGCAGUAUCUUGCUUUACACAAGGUUUCCUUGCUUGCGACUAUUUCGUACAAGAUUGCGCUUGUUGAAUAUCUGCUUGAGACUGGCGAGACCGAAAAAGCAGCAGGGACUCUUUCCGCAGCCAAGGCGCUCUACGAAAAAGGUCAGAAAUCGGAAGAGCUCGGCAACUUAAACGUAUUAUCGAAGAUCUCAUGGGAGAGACUGAUUGCAGAUGCUGCAUUUGUCCAGUCCCGGCUGUCCACUGCCCAGGGAUCGAUGACGCAUGCUUUGUACUUUGCCAAGUUGUCCGUGAGGCUCAACUGCCGGAUCUGGGCCAAAGUGGAAAAGCUGGCUCAAAAGAAACAAGACAAGUCUCUUGCUGUGAGUGGAAGUUCUGAUGUCGAAGCUGUCGCCGAAGGCGUGGCCAAGCUUGAUCUCUCUCAAAAUGGCUCCUCUCCCGACGUAUCAGCCAGCUAUGUCCAAGGAGCUCCAUUUUGGCCACAUCUUGGAUCGCACCACACCUGCUUGUUGAAUCUUGCCACUUUGUCCGCCCACCAUGGCCUGUUUCAAGAUGCCAUCUAUUACGGAGAACAGGCACUGAAAAUUGACCGGACACUAGAUGCAAAUGUGCGUCUAGUUGCUGCCCAAACUCAACUUGGUUGUUACUGGAUUCUCGGUGGCCACGUUAGCGAGGGACAAGAUCUUCUUGCCGCGGCUUCUGAAUCAUCCAAGCAGAUUCAAACGGGCACCGGGGCCAUUUCUCUGCACAUGGCUCUCGCCUCUCUUUACCGGGUGCAGGGCCAGCACGACCAGGCACUUCGCCAGCUUCGCGAAGCCGGAAAGGCCAUCGAAAUCGUCACUUCUUCUGAUACAGCCAGCAUUUCGGAAGGUCCAAAUGUUGCAGCCCUUGAGGAAAAAAUGGCGAAAUUGCAAGUACGUAGCAGCAGGCGAACACCAUCAACGACUUCCGCUGUUGCUCCUGUACGCCGUACUCGUGCGACUAGCUCAGUCACACCGUCUCGAACUUCGAAAAAGGCCUCUGCUUGCAAGACCCCGUUACCCGAAGUCCAAUCCAACUCCCUCCUCCGACUCAAAGGCGAUGUACUUCGACAGCAAGCAGAUUGCUUGCGUGCACUCCGUGAUUUCGACCGCUCUGCACAAACUCUUAUCGAAGCCCGACAAUGCGCUAUUGCUCGCGAGAGCAAGGUCUCAAUCGAGAUUGGAGAAAGCGAACAUCUGCUCGCCGAUGCCAUCCGCCAUUUCGCUAGCCACGCCGUGUAUUGUGUGCUUCCCGAAUCCACCAUCUCACUACCAUCACUCACGUCCCCUGUGAAGGGGGCGGAAGAGCCAACUCCACAGCCCGCAAAGCCUAGAGUAGCAAAGAGGGGCCGGGCUCCAGCCAAGAGCACUCGGGCGAAGGCACAGAAGGCUAGCGAAGACUUUUCUAUCAUGCUAUCCAAGGCAAGCGACUGUCUUACCGGUGUCUUUGCCGAUGCCACUGUCCUUGGCUCAACUCUUGAGAGCCACGCGGCGUCUCGACUUAUGAGUCGCAUUUCUAUGCUCUCGCAUGCUACUACCCCGGGAGGCCCUGCUACCUGGGCGCAAUCACCUGCGAACAUGAAUGAAAUCGGACGUGUUGCUGCAUUUGCUCGGGAGCGCAUGGCUAUUAACUUUGAUCGGCAACUAGCUGACUUUGCUGAUCCGUUGUACUGGCCCACACCAUCACCCUCGACCAUUGAAUUAAGCGAAGAAAUUUGUACAAACUUCAGCGAGAACUAUAUCGACAUCCUGCCUGAAGACUGGAACGUUCUUUCCUUGUCAUUGAGCGCAGACCGCACCGAGUUCGUUGUCUCACGGUUACAGAAGGGCCGCUCUCCAUUCCUUCUUCGGCUUCCAUUGCGAAGGGGAAACUCGGAUGACGAUGGAGAGGAGCAAUUUACAUUCGAGGACGGCAAAGAGGAAAUGCAGGAGCUCAUCAAAUUGGCAAAUCAGAGUGCGCACGCUGCGAAGGCCCAAACUGAUAAGCAGUCGAAGAAGGAAUGGUGGAAGAACCGCGAAGCCCUUGAUCGCCAAAUGGAAAGUCUCCUCCAGAAUAUCGAGAAUGUCUGGUUUGGAGGUUUCCGGGGGGUUUUCUCGCCGCUCCCUCGGGAUGGCACUGCGUUGGCUCGAUUUGCGACUGCAUUACAAGGCAUUCUUGACAAACAUCUACCCUCCCGGCAGAAGGGAGGCCAAGGCCAGGCAUCCUCGCCUCGUCUCACCCUCCACCAGAACGUCGUGGAACUGUUCAUUGGGCUCCGUGACCUCGAGCAGCAAGAAGAGCCUGAAGAUAUCCUGAUGGAUCUGCUCUACUUCGUCGUGGACAUUCUGCAAUUCCAGGGCGAACGCAAUGCUUAUGAUGAAAUUGACUUCGACAUGAUGGUUGUUGAUACCCUGGAUGCGUUGCGUGGCUAUCACGAAGCUGCGCGAGAAGAACUUGCUACUCGCUCUCCAAGUCAUACGGUGCUGGUGCUCGACAAAGCCCUGCAUCUGUUCCCGUGGGAGUCUCUUCCCUGCCUCCAAGGGUUCCCUGUUUGCCGCGUCCCCUCCCUUGAGUGUCUCCGCCAGCGAGUUCUCCAAUUCCGCGACUCCCAGUCCGGCGUAGUAGUGGACCGGUCUUCAGGCUCAUACCUUCUCAACCCUACCGGCGAUUUGCGCACGACACAAGUGACCUUUGAAGGGGACCUUUCGAAACUGGACUAUUGGACGGGAAUCGUCAACCGCGAGCCGUCAGAAGACGAGUUCCGCGCCUCGUUAGAGAGCAAAGAUCUGUUUCUAUACUUCGGCCACGGCAGCGGCGCUCAGUACAUUCGCGGCCGCACCGUCAAGCGGCUGACGAAAUGUGCUGUCGCUUUCCUGUUGGGUUGCAGCAGUGGCACCCUGACUGAGGCUGGUGAAUACGAGCCCUACGGCACGCCAAUGAAUUAUCUCCAGGCAGGCAGCCCGGCGCUUGUCGCCACGCUGUGGGACGUCACCGAUAGAGAUAUUGACCGGUUUGCGACGUCCACGUUUGAUACAUGGGGUCUGCUGGAGAAGAAGGGAAGGUCUCGUGCGGGCGAUGCCGGUCUGGACACAGCGGUCGCUGGGGCGCGGGGUUCGUGUGUGUUGAAGUAUUUGAAUGGAGCUGCGCCCGUGAUUUAUGGUGUUCCGGUGUUUUUGGGCUGA